AUGAAUUAAAUAACUAAAAAGGUUAAGGUAAAUAUUUUACCAAAAGCCCUCAAAACUUUAGUUAAGGCAAAAAAAAGGGGUAAAAAACAAGUCCUUUUAAAACCCUGUUUCAAAAGUACUAUUGAGAUUUUUGAGAAUUAUGUAAAAAAUGGAUAUAUUGGUGAAUAUGAAAUAGUUGAUGAUCACAGAUCAAAGAAAGUAGUCGUCGAAUUAUUAGGAAGAAUAAAUAAAUGUGGUGUUAUUUCACCCAGAUAUGAUGUCCCUUUAAAUGAUUUUGAAAAAUGGACAAACAAUGUUCUCCCUUCAAGAUAAUUUGGACAUGUCGUAUUCACAACUACUUAUGGUAUCCUUACUCACGAAGAAUGCAGAUUAAGACAUACCGGUGGUAAAGCUUUAGGAUUUUUCUAUUGAUUUUAUUGAUAUUUUUUAGUUAUUUAUUUAUUUAUUUAGAAAUAGAAAAAAUAAAAAAAUAAAUAUUUAAAUAGAUUAAUUAUGUAAAAAUAUUAAUGGUUUUUUGUUUUUUUUAUGAAGGUACAUGUUAUUUUUUUAUUAUUAUUUUGGCAAUAUUUAAACUAAAUACUUUUUUAUUUUAUA